GGGCACCUCGGGGGGAGUCGGCCGGGGAGGUGCGGGUCCCUCACCGAGCGCUGCUCUGCGUCCCCAGAUGGCCCCGAAGAAGGCAGGCGACGGGGUGAAGGCGCACCCGAUUAUCGGCAGGUUCGGGACGUCCCUGAAGAUCGGGAUCGUCGGGCUGCCCAACGUGGGGAAAUCCACGUUUUUCAAUGUGUUAACAAAGAGCCAAGCGGCAGCAGAAAAUUUUCCUUUCUGUACUAUUGAUCCAAACGAGAGUCGAGUUCCUGUGCCGGAUGACAGGUUUGACUUCCUGUGCCAGUACCACAAGCCUCCAAGCAAAAUUCCAGCCUUUCUGAAUGUAGUGGAUAUUGCUGGCCUUGUGAAAGGAGCCCAUACUGGCCAAGGCUUAGGAAAUUCCUUUUUGUCUCAUAUUAACGCCUGUGAUGGGAUCUUUCAUCUGAUGCGUACGUAAACUCCAUUUUUUAAGUU